CCUCUCAAGGUUGAAUUAUAAAGAAUUAACACACACAUUUCCUGUAUUAUUAGGAGCAAAUCCAUACCACUAAGCAUGGAGGUAGCGGCUAAGUAGUAGCCAACCUCUCACUGCUUUGUAACUAUACCAGCCAUCAUAAUUCAGCUUGUGGAGACAGGUGAGGCUUGGGGCUGGCUGAAACCAAAGAAAAUUUUUAUGACUGGGACUACUAUCUCUCCUCCACCCAAUCCUGCUGAUGUGACUAGUGACAUGAGAAGUGCUAGCACGAAAAUUCCGAUAUAUUGUAAAGGAAAUAUAAUUCUAGGUGUGUCUCAAACACAAAUUUGUGCAGGAAAUACGCCUUCUGAUUUUCACCUAUUGGUCAUUUUGUCACAAUGACUUUGGUCGGCUCAUUCUGAUGACUCUGGGCACCUCUUGCUUGUGGCUCAAACAACAUUGAGCAGGAAUACUAUCAACAGAAUAAGUUGCAAGGAUAUUCGAGCUUUACAGGAUGUAUGCUUCUUGCUAAACGGCAUUUUUAAAUAAUAGUACUUUUCAAAUUAUUUCA